AUGGGGCUCGGCGCGCUCACCUUGUACCGCUCCUUCGUGCAGGCCGCGUGCUACCCGCUCGCCGCCUACGCCGCCGUGCGCUACAACCGCGCCCACGUCAUCGCCGUGGGGGCCUUCCUCUGGGCCGCCGCCACCUUCCUCGUCGCCGUCUCCGGCACCUUCGCCCAGAUGAUAAUAAAGGAUGAAACAUGCUUCUGUGAGCAGGUAGCAGUAGCUAGGGGAUUGAAUGGCGUUGGUCUAGCACUCGUCAAUCCUGCUAUCCAAUCUCUAGUGGCAGACUAUACUGAUCAUAAUACGCGGGGUUCUGCGUUUGGAUGGCUUCAACUUACAGGCAACAUAGGUUCAGUGAUUGGAGGCUUGUUCUCUAUCAUGCUAGCAUCAACCACAAUCAUGGGUAUCGCCGGCUGGCGUAUAGCAUUUCACAUUGUUGCUCUCAUCAGUGUGAUGGUCGGGGCGUUGGUCUAUCUGUUUGCAGUGGACCCUCAUUUCUGCAACAGCGAGAGUGACGAGCAGCUCGUGCGGAAGUCGGCGUGGGCAGAGAUGAAGGGUUUGGUUGCAGAAGCUAAGGCUGUUGUGAAGAUACCAUCGUUUCAGAUCAUCGUGGCUCAGGGUGUCACAGGGUCAUUCCCAUGGUCGGCAUUGUCGUUUGCCCCAAUGUGGUUGGAGCUGAUGGGCUUUACACACAACAAAACAGGACUUCUCAUGGCAAUAUUUGCAUUGGCAAGCUCACUUGGAGGGCUCUUUGGUGGAAAGAUGGGGGAUUAUCUCUCUGUUCGUUACCCGGAUUCUGGCAGGAUAGUGCUGUCUCAAAUAAGCUCGGGUUCUGCAGUCCCGCUUGCAGCUUUGUUGCUGCUUGCACUACCUGAUGACUCAUCUACUGGUGUCUUGCAUGGACUUGUUAUGUUUAUCAUGGGGCUAAGCAUCUCCUGGAAUGGCCCUGCUACUAACAGCCCCAUAUUUGCAGAGAUCGUUCCUGAGAGAUCAAGGGCAAGUAUCUACGCGCUGGACCGUUCCUUCGAGUCUGUCCUAGCCUCAUUUGCUCCACCAGUUGUCGGCUUAUUAGCCGAGCAUGCAUACGGCUACAACCCUAUCUCAUAUGGGUCUGGAGUGAGCAGUGUUGUGAGCGACAGGUCAAAUGCCGCAGCUCUAGCGAAAGCUCUUUACAUGGCGAUUGCCAUCCCGAUGCUGCUGUGCUGCUUCAUCUACUCGCUGUUGUACCGGACAUACCCACGCGACAGGGAGAGGGCAAGAAUGCACUCUCUUAUCACAUCGGAGUUGCAGCAUAUCGAGCUGGAAAGGUGUCAUGGAGUAGGAGAUUUCUACGCGGGAAGGGAGGAUGCCACUGUGAUCGAUAUCGAGUAUGGUGAGGAAGAGCUUGAUGCUGAUGACGAUGAGAAAGCGUUGAUGCAUCACCAAGUUGAACACAGUGGUAGUCUCAGAGCUCCCUCGCUCGACACUAGACGCCACUGUCAGGCUGUGCUCAUGUGGCUGACGAUUGUAGCGGGUUUGGGGAGCAUCCUCGGUGCCCUCUAUUUUGGUGGCGACGUAAGUGGGGUUUGGAGAGCAUCCUCUACACCCUCUAUUUCUUCCUCCCCUCCAUGGCUCUACGAGCGGCUCCUGGUGCCUGCGAUGCCUGCUUUGUGUGGAUAUGGUUCUCAGUCGCAUGACAUUGCCAACAUUAGGAUCGUCCAUGUUGACAUCAUCUUCGUUGGUUGCAGUAUAUGCGGACUUCAUUUGGGGAUGCUUCCCUGA